UCAAAAAAUUACUAUUCCAAAAUUCAUUUUUCCCAAAACCUCAUUAAAAUGGAGCCCAAACAAGGGCUUAGUAACAUAUGACUUCUAACUAUCUUGAUAACCUGAGCUAGACCACUAAUGUGCUGUAUAGGAAAAAUCAACGCUUCACACCCGUGUUUUACUUUGCGUUCUCUUCUCUUGCCCUAUGUACCGUUUCCUUCAAGAUCACCUAUAUACAAGAUUGAACCCGUCUCUUGUAGAUUAUACUUCGAUGAGUUCCAUAGAAGAGAUGUGCAAUUUUCUGAUUGUUUUUUACUCUUUGGGAUAUCAUAUUAUCCAGUUGAAAUAUAUCACUGUAGUUUCUAUUUGUUCACUUUUUGCAUUCGUUCAUUAUUAUAUGUGUUUGGGCAAUUAUUCAAUUUCUUUGUGAUGAAAAUCUGUCUUGUCAAUGUUUUUACUCUUUGCUCCUUGACAAGUAUUGUGUAAAAUAAUCUCAUAUUUACUUAUUUUACUUAUCCUUUACUGAUUUAACUCUGGGUUGAAUUCUCCAUACAAGCUUCAGAUAACUGGCUGUAGAGAAUGGAUAACACAGCCAAUGAGGAUUUAUUAGAGUCUUCAUCAACUGGUGUUUUUGAGAUUCCCGGGGAACCUGCUAUUGUAUUAAAUGGUUUGCCUCCCUUGUCUUCUGGUGAUGACACUCUUAUUCCUUGUGCUGUUACUAGUGAAGAACCCCGGAUGCUAACUGGCUUUGGUGAAUGGUUGGAAGGUAGAGAAGUGCAAAAAUUGUUUGGUGAACAAUUCUACAACGGAAAAGUUAUCGAAUUUGACAAGGAAAUGGGUUGGUAUAGGGUGGUAUAUGAAGAUGGUGACUUUGAAGAUCUCACCUGGGGCGAACUGCAAGAAGUGUUAUUGCCGCUAGACAUUACAAUUCCAUUGAAAACAUUGGCGAUGAAGGUUAUCAAGAAGAGACAGAAAUCUGUUAAUAAGUCUGAAAAAAAUUCUGGUAGAAAAGGAAAUAAUGGUGCUUCUAGUGGUAAGGGCAUGGAAAAGAAAUCUGGUGCUUCUCGCACAGGUGACGUAAAAGGUCCAGCAAGUCAGUGAAGUAUUCAAUGAAAUGCAGCUGAUGGAUGGAUAAGAAGAACCCUUCCAGAGCCAAUUUUAUCAAUAGUAGGUAGUUAGAUUUUCUAAGCACAUAUCUUUACUCUCUGAGAACGGGAGAAUAGAAGAAUUGGUAGAGUUGAUUUUUCCUGCCAAGGAAUGUGUUGAUCUAUACCGUUUUUAGUUUUUAUACCCAAGACAUUACAGGCUUUGUUCAAUUUCCUCCCCUGAUGAGUAAUUAGCAUAGAAAAGAGAGACGUUUAUUAAGGGUUUACAAAUACUAACUCAACUUACCUCGA